AAAACGAACAAACAAGUUUCUUGAUUUUUUAUUCUUUUAAAACUUAUUUUUGGAUUAUAAUCUCUCAAAUAUUAAAAUGUUUGAAAGCGCUAUCUGCAAUUAUGAUUUUGUAAACAACUGCAGAGGUCCAGGUGGUACAGAGGCUGUGACAAGCUAGAAGUAGAAAUUGGGGCUCAUGGAAGAAUUGAAAGUUGUUAAAAGGUGAAGAAAAAAAUGAAUCCGGUGUUAGUUUUCAUUCCAAAUAUUAUUGGUUAUAUCAGAAUAAUCCUACUAUUUAUAGGAUGGAUAAUUUCAGACAAUUCUUACUGGUUUCUUGUGGUGUAUGUGACAUCUGUAAUGCUUGAUGGAAUUGAUGGAUGGGCAGCCAGAAAAUUUAACCAAGUUUCUGAUUUUGGUGCUUGGCUUGAUGUUAUAAUUGACAAUAUUGGAAGAGGAAUGCUGUGGUGUCUUAUUAGUCCGAGUGGAUAUUUUGUGUCAGUGGUGGAAUGGGUAUCUUUCAUCAGUAAUUAUACACAAAGAGGAUCAUCAUGGAAACAGCUUCAAGAACCACCUGAGUUUGCUGCCAAAGUCAUGAAGAAUGGUUGCAGAACCCCUCCUGGAAUGUUUGCUAUUGCAGGCCUACACUUUUUACCUGUAUGGCUGUAUGUAAUACAGAGAAGAAUCUUAGCAGAAGCCCUGAUUGGUGUCUUUGUCAAGUUACAGUACAUUGUCUUGGGUUUCCUUUUGGUUGGUCGAGCAUUAGCAAUGAGUGUUGAAGUAUGGUGCAUCUUUGCUCACAUCAGAAGACUUCUGAUACAAGAAAUGGUUCACAUGCACUGAAUCCACCACCACAGUUGUUUAAAGACCAUGAGAUAAGCAGAAGUAGCAACAACAAGUAGGGUAUGUUGUUCCAAUAUCUUAUCUUGGGUACUUUCUUUCCUGAGGUGAAAUAUCCUGUAGUUUGAUAAAUUUAGAGAAAAAUAAUUCUGAAUACCAUGGCUUACAUAGUAAUAAGAUGCAAGUUAAACAUCAUGAGUACUAUUGAAUUACAUAAAAAUGUUUGAUAGAGACCUACAGUACAUGCACAAACAAAAUAUUAUAAAAAAAUGUGUGUGGUUAGACAUUAACUAAAAGUCUCAUUUUCUGCACUAUUGGCAAAAUUUUUUGGAUAGAAAUUACAUUUUCAAAAAUAGUUAUUAUUUCUUAAGUUUUUUCUUUUGUUAUUUCAAAUACAUGUAAGAUAUGAUUAGAAAAUGCACUUUGUUUGAGAGUAAAAUGUGUUGUCUAAAUUCUUAACUGGCAGAUGGUAAGUGUGCCUAAAAUGACAGUUAAAACACAUGUAAAUUACCACUAUUUCGUUUACACCUCGCCUAAAUUUUACCUAUUAGGUUAAAAAAUCGUGACAUGUUAGAGAGUGUAGAGAAUGUUUGGCAAUAAGAAAAUUUGAUCACAUUAUAUUCAUAUUACAAAACACUGCAAUCAGAAUUUGAGUGUACGUGGUGAGGGGACCUCCCAGGGAAGGUUCUGUAUUUACAGUUACUUUCUCUGGGAUCUAAACAUCCACCCACGUGUU